GGGAAAAGCUGACAGUGCUGCUGAGUGAGGGAGCGGGGACUGCAAGCGGCAGGGCUGCACACGCACACCGAUGCAUACGGACCUCGACACGGCCAUGGACAUGGACACGGACACAGAAACCACAGCACUCUGCCCCUCCGGCAACCACCAGGCCUCCCCCCCAGGGACGCCCACACCAGAAACAGAUGCCACACUGCUGAAGAAGCCAGAGAAGCUGCUGGCAGGGUUGGACCGGGGUGGGCCACCAUCGGCCCCAGGGGCCCCCAGACGAAGAGGCAGUAUGCCUGUCCCCUACAAGCACCAGCUGCGGCGCGCCCAGGCUAUAGAUGAACUUGACUGGCCACCUCAAGCCUCAUCCUCUGGCUCCUCUGACUCCUUGGGCUCAGGGGAGGCAGCCCCCACCCAAAAAGAUGGCAUCUUCAAGGUCAUGCUGGUAGGGGAGAGCGGCGUGGGCAAGAGCACCCUAGCAGGCACUUUCGGUGGUCUCCAGGGAGAUAGUGCUCAUGAGCUGGAAAACCCAGAGGACACCUAUGAAAGACGCAUCAUGGUGGAUAAGGAGGAAGUGACUCUAAUUGUUUAUGACAUCUGGGAACAGGGGGAUGCAGGGGGGUGGCUGCGGGACCACUGCCUUCAGACCGGGGAUGCCUUUCUCAUCGUCUUCUCAGUCACCGACCGACGAAGCUUCUCCAAAGUUCCAGAGACCCUACUUCGGCUCCGGGCUGGGAGGCCCCACCACGACCUCCCUGUCAUCCUUGUUGGAAACAAGAGCGACCUCGCCCGCUCUCGGGAGGUCUCGCUGGAGGAGGGCCGCCACCUGGCAGGGACACUGAGCUGCAAGCACAUCGAGACGUCGGCGGCGCUGCACCACAACACGCGGGAGCUCUUCGAGGGCGCGGUGCGCCAGAUCCGGCUGCGGCGGGGCCGAAGCCGUGCGGGGGGCCCGCGGCCCGAGUGGGGCAGCCCCGACGGCCCCGCGCCGCCCGCGCGCCGCGAGAGCCUCACCAAGAAGGCCAAGCGCUUCCUCGCCAAUCUGGUGCCGCGCAACGCCAAAUUCUUCAAGCAGCGCUCCAGGUCGUGUCACGACCUCUCCGUGCUCUGAGCCGCGGUCGCCAUGGUCACCGCGGUCGCCAUGGUCACCGCUCGCAGAGUUCGCCCCUUCGCCCCGCCCCGCCCCCGUCCCGGCUUCCUUUGUGAAGACCGUCUAGGAAACCAAAAAGUCCCGAGGGCGCCCGGGUGUGGCCGCAGGGGGCGGGCCCCCUGCCCCCAGCCCCUGGUGGGCGUCGCCCCCAGCCCUGCCACCACGCGUACCCUGGCCACCUCCCCGCCCCAGAGCGCCAAGAAGGUGAGGAUGCAGACCUGCGGGCGGGCGCGCUGCGGUCGGCCAGCGAGGCGGCUUCUGGUUGGCAGGAGAGGAUAUAGUUCCGGGAGUUACUUUGACUUUUAUUAAGUCGCGUUUGACCACCUCUCCUGUAAAGAGAUCCUAAAAGCGAGAACUGGGAAAGUGCUUCAUAGACCCCUUUAACAGUUCUCUGCGCGAAUUCGCCUCACCUUUAAGAGAUCCUUAAAGGUAAAAACACUGGAGACGCUUGAGACUUUUCCCAAAACGUGCUGGCUCUUAUCUGCUGCUCUGGUCCACCUUGCCUUUAAGAAGUUCUUAAAGGCAAAGGCCUGGAAGUGACAUUUUUUCAGAAUAGGUUUUGUGACUUACCACUACAUCGUGACACUUCCCUUUUAAGGUUAUUAAAGGUAAGGUUUGGACAGACUCUUGCCUUCAGAUGCCAUUGUGAAGAGCUGAGCAAGUGGCAACCCCGGCUUUGGCUGGGCCAGGGGGCCCCAGCAAGAGAGCUACCCUUCCCUUUUCAAUAAAGAAGUUUUCUACUACA